UCUUGGCGUCAUCACCCUUCGCGGAAGUCGGUGACUGAUGAUGGUGGCCUCGUCAGUUUAACAGCAGGAAGAGGAUGUUUGCUUAUACUGAAAGAAUAAUAUCACCCAAUCACAAGUCUUUAUAACAGAGAAAACCACCAAAGUUUUUUCUACUGAGACCCGCGGAGGGGAUCUGUCUACCGCUCGGCCUCUGUGAGCCUGAACUAGGGUGCCGGACAACAUGUCCCUGUUCCAGUCGGCACUGGAUUUUCUAGCCGGGCCCGGCUCGUCCGGAGCGGCCAGCCGGGACCAGAAUGACUUCGUCGGACAAAUUGUUGAGCUCGGUGACAUGAAACUGAGGAUCAAGAGGGUGAUUGCGGAAGGUGGAUUUGCCUUUGUGUAUGAAGCCCAGGACAUGAGCAGCGGUAAAGACUAUGCUCUCAAGAGGCUGCUGUCCAAUGAGGAGGAGAAGAACAAGGAAAUCAUCCAGGAAGUCUGCUUCAUGAAAAAGCUGUCAGGUCAUCCGAAUAUGGUUCAGUUCUGCUCUGCUGCCUCCAUCAGUAAGGAGGAGUCUGACACCGGACAGGCCGAGUUCCUGAUCCUCACUGAGCUGUGUAAAGGUCAGCUGGUGGAGUUCAUAAAGCGGGUCGAGCAGAGGGCUCUGCUGUCAUGUGACACCGUGCUGAAAAUCUUCUACCAGGCGUGUCGCGCCGUGCAGCACAUGCACAAACAGAAGCCUCCAAUCAUACACAGAGACCUCAAGAUUGAGAACCUCUUGAUUAGUAACCAGGGCACCAUCAAGCUGUGUGACUUUGGCAGCUCCACCACAGUGUCACAUUACCCCGACUACAGCUGGUCGGCACAGAAGAGGUCCAUGGUGGAGGAUGAGAUCACAAGGAACACCACUCCGGCGUACCGAACGCCAGAGAUGAUCGAUCUCUACUCCAACUUUCCAAUCAACGAGAAGCAAGACAUCUGGGCCCUGGGAUGCAUCCUCUACCUGUUGUGUUUUAAGCAGCAUCCAUUCGAGGAUGGCGCCAAGUUGCAAAUCGUCAACGGGAAAUACGCCAUCCCUCAGAACGAUGUCAAGUACACUGUGUAUCACGAGCUCAUACGUUCCAUGCUGAAGGUGAACCCAGAGGAGCGUCUGUCCAUUACAGAGUUGGUCAACCAGCUCCAGGAGAUAGCAGCGGCACGCAACGUCAACCCCAAGUCUCCCAUUACAGAGCUGCUGGAGCAGAACGGAGGGUUCGGCAACAACGGAGCACAGCCGCCCAUGCAGAUCCACAACGUCCAAAACAAUGCAGGUGUGUACGAUCCUGACCAGUCCGGCAGUGGUCUCUUGGAUAUCUUGAGAGGAGGAACCGAGCGAUUCCUGACCAACAUAAAGGACACGUCCUCUAAGGUCAUCCAGUCAGUAGCCAGCUAUGCCAAAGGGGACCUGGAUAUUUCAUACAUCACCUCCAGAAUAGCAGUUAUGUCUUUCCCAGCUGAAGGGGUGGAGUCGGCGAUAAAAAACAACAUCGAGGACGUCCGCCUGUUCCUGGAUUCACGUCAUGCUGGCCACUACGCUGUGUACAACCUCUCCAAGAGAUCGUACAGGCCGUCUCGAUUCCACAACAGGGUAUCAGAGUGUAACUGGCAGGUACGUCGUGCCCCUAACCUCCGCAGUCUCUACAGUGUAUGUAAGAACAUGCAUCUAUGGCUGAAACAGGACCAGAGGAACAUCUGUAUAGUCCACUGUCUGGAUGGCAGAGCAGCAUCAGCGGUGGCGGUUUGCUCCUUCCUGUGUUUCUGUCGCCUUUUCACCACAGCUGAGGCGGCCGUCUACAUGUUCUCAAUGAAACGCUGCCCGCCUGGCAUUGCGCCCUCACACAAGAGGUAUAUCGAGUACAUGUGCGACAUGAUGGCAGAGGAGCCCAUCAUCCCUCACUGCAAGCCUGUAAUCAUCCGCUCCAUCACCAUGACGCCCGUGCCGCUGUUCAACAAGCAGCGCAACGGGUGCAGGCCGUUCUGCGAAGUUUAUGUCGGCGAUGAGAGGGUGCUGACCACAUCACAGGAGUAUGACAAGAUGAAGGAUUUUAAGAUAGAAGAUGGGAGAGCGGAGAUUCCCCUCAAUGUUACAGUCCAAGGAGACGUACUGGUGGUGAUCUAUCAUGCAAGAUCCACACUGGGAGGACGUCUACAGGCAAAGAUGGCAUCCAUGAAAAUGUUUCAGAUUCAGUUCCACACAGGCUUUGUGCCGAGAAACGCCACUACAGUCAAGUUUGCCAAGUAUGAUCUGGAUGCCUGUGACAUCCAGGAAAAGUAUCCAGACCUUUUCCAGGUCAACUUGGACAUCGAGGUGGAACCCAGAGACAGACCCAGCACCAAGAGUCCUCCGUGGGAGGGCUUCCAAACCAAGGGCCUCAACCCCAAAAUCCUUUUCUCCUCCCGUGAUGAACAGCAGGAGAUCCUCAGCAAAUUUGGUAAGCCGGAGCUGCCUCGUCAGCCAGGCUCCUCUGCAUUUUAUGACUCGGAGUCGCCCCAGCCAGCUCAGACCCCAGAGGGCUCCAACACAACAGAGCCAGAAUCUCCUAUGAGUAAUGACACCAACGCCAGCAACUUCUUCCAGACACUGGAUUGGGAAGAUGUGCAUGGUCCUCAGGAUGCCUCAGACAGUCAAGGAGGGGGAUCCAUGAAUGACCAGGAGGACCUGAGUGACCAAUCAGAUGGAGAGUCUUACUCUUAUUCUGCCCCCAGUGGAGAGCAACUGUCACGAGACAACAGCGAGCCACUGUUUGAUGCUGACUUCCAGACCUCCCCUCCUGCACCCCAGGACUCUCCUCUGGGUGACACAGCUGACCUCCUGGGGUUGAACUCGGACCCUCAACCUCCCUCCAUGUCCUCAACCGCCUCCUCUGCCGCUCAUCCAGCAGAGCAGGGAGGAAUGAAAGCUGCUUCCAGCAACAGCGAUCUCCUCAACGACCUGUUUGCACCUCCUGCUGGUCAGACGGGAGCGGUGCAGGAAGACCUGUUCUUCAGCGGGUCGACCAGUGGGGCCACACCGGACUCAAAACCUAUGGGCGACCUGUUUGAUCCGUUUGGGAUGGGGUCCGGCUCCGGUGUCGGUUCCAGUGUCGGCUCAUCCCGACAGGCCUCUGGCCCGGACCUGUUUGGAGACUUGUUGGGCUCUGACAGUUCAGCAACCAGCGGAUUUAGUUCAGCUCACAGUAACCCCACUCCUGCUUCCAACACCAGCCUCUUCAACCUCAAUAAGCUUGUGAAUGACGUCCCGAAGAUGACGUCAUCGGCCAGCCAACCGGACCUGCUGGGUGGGUGGGACAACUGGGCAGCCGGCACCACCGCCGGCAUGACCAACACGACCAGCAAACCCAACUAUACCAACACUGCUUCUGGUGUUUCAUCCAUGUCAAAGGCCAAGUCUCAGACCUUUGACCCUUUUGCUGACCUCGGAAACCUUGGCGCUAAUUUACCAGGAUCCUCCAGCAGUAAUUAUUCCGGGAGCUCCUUUAACGCUAAAGGUCCUUCUUCCUCCGCCUCCUCCUCUGCGAAGCCUCAAGCCCAGCCCUGGCAGUCUGGAAGACCCGCCUCAGCCCAAAACAAAUCUUGGAUGCCCGGAUCAGGACCUGGAUCUGCACCCAAACCAUCCUCAGCAUCUCAGCCGCCAGGACCACAGUCCACUAAACCCAACUACAACCUCAACUUCUCAAGUGUCAUCGGUGGGAGAGAGGAGAGAGGAGUUCGCGGGCCUGGAUUUGGCCCCAAACCCAAGGUAAAGGAGGACGAUUUUGAGGACCUGCUGUCAACUCAGGGUUUUGCUUCUAAGCCUGAUAGAAAGGGACCACGGACCAUUGCUGAAAUGAGAAGACAGGAGAUCACAAAGGACAUGGAUCCUCUUAAAUUACAGAUUUUGGACUGGAUUGAGGGGAAGGAGCGAAACAUCCGAGCGCUGCUGUCGACUCUCCACACAGUGUUGUGGGAGGGUGAAACCCGCUGGAAGCCCGUCGGCAUGGCGGACCUGGUGACGCCCGACCAGGUGAAGAAAUACUACAGGAAGGCUGUGCUGGUUGUCCAUCCAGAUAAGGCAACAGGCCAGCCGUAUGAACAGUACGCUAAGAUGAUCUUCAUGGAGCUGAACGACGCCUGGUCAGAGUUCGAAAACCAGGGAUCCAAAGCACUCUUCUAAAACCCUGGCCAGGAUCCCAGCUAGACCAGACCAGCCCAGAUUGGACUGGAUUUGGCCUAACCAAACACGGGGUUAGACUGGGCCAGAUUGGACAGGACUGAGCCCACAUUGGGCCUUAGGGGGUGCAACAAGCCUCUGAGAGGUGUCCUCUCUACCAUUCCCUCCCUCCUUCUUUACUUUCUUCUGUUUCUACAGUCAACAGAAAAAAAACUGACCUUUUGCCUCACACCUGGCUGUGGUGAAAAAUCUCCUCACUUGUUCAUGAACAGCCAGUUAAAAUAAACGUCGUGAUCGUUCUGAAACUCACUGCCUACCUGUGUGACUGCCUGAGUGGUGCUGCAAAACAUCGGGAGGGAGGAACAGGUGACAAUCACGUGGAGAAGGCGAACCGGAAAUCGGAUAAUACGAGGACUUUUAAAAAGAUCAAGAUAAGUGUCGUGACAUUGUGUGUUCAGAUGAAACAGACCCGACAGUAAAGGCCGUGGCUGGUAAGAUUUUUCAUUCGUGCUUUUGCAAACAUCCAGUCAUUCAGCUGACCGGUGAACAAAGACUGAGCAUGGCUGUAGGGUUUUCAGCAUGCCAGCCAACACGAAAAUUCACAAAAUCGUUUGAAAGUCAAAUUUUUAAGCUUAGUCGCCUCAAAAAAUGUCUAAUGAAUAUCGGAACUUACCAGCCACAGCAUCAAUGAAUGAUAAGCUCCAAUCCUGCCUCUAAUGCAGAAGCAGGGUUUAAACCUUCCCAUGAUUUUGAAGCAAGGUAGACCUGUUGAAAGUACCCAUCUGAAGUGCUGCUGCUGCACCUUUUGGUUUGUUCUUGAGCCAUUCCCUCUCCACAGAGUCCCGAGUGUUGCCUGCUGAACACUACUCAUGCUGCUUCUACCUUUACAGUUAUUGCUGCACAACACUCCUCAGAUCGACGUUCAAAAAAAACAACAAAAAAACGUGCAUCCGAAACUUCUCAAACUUCUGUCGGAGCCCCCGUAUAAUUCCCAAGCGGGCAGUCGUGUUGUUGUUUUUUUUUGAAGUGCUCUUUUAAUUCCACCCACUCAGGCUGCGCCCUGUAGCUAACUGCAUGCUGUCUAACACCAAACCUCCCAACAACAGGGGGGCAGGUGCGUGUUUUUGACUUCAGACCAGGGUAAUCCAAACGGGCUCUUUUUAUUGAAGUGCUCCUUUUUGUCGCCGCAGAAACAGAGAAGUCUACCUGCUUAGUUUUUCGCUGGGUGGCGGAUUUACAAGUCUUCCCAGCCUCUCCAUCAUCGCUGUUCUUGACCCUCUGAGCCCCACUCGUCUCUGGAGUUUAAGUUUUUUCUUUUUUGUCGUAGUAAGAGGUUUAAAAAGUGAAGGAUUGAAAAGAGAAUAUGGUGAUUUAAUCUGGUUUUCUUGUAUUUUCGGGGGGUUUAGUAUUAAGCUGUUUGUCGGUUAACCAUGGCUUCAGUGUAAAUAUAAAACUCUUAUCAUCCAUCAAGUGGCUUUGUUAAGAUUAGCAGCCUGGGCAUUUGAUUUGCUGUCGAUGCUUGGCUGUGUGAUUGUGUGUGUGUGUGCACGAGUGUGCAUGUGUGUGUGUUUCUUUCUAGAAUAAGAUAAUGAAACCUUGUCUAACAUCAUGCUUUCUUAUCUGCAAUCACAAUCCUAUUUUUUUUUUCCUUAAUUUAACUUUUUCCAGUGUUUGUCUUUUCCAAAAAUUUCCAGCUCUGGCUUUUUUUUUUCCUUAUUUUUUUUAUUUCACAUCUUACCUCAUGGACCAAUCAAAUCACCCGUUUUCUUAUUUAUUAUGUUUUGUUUUUUGGGGGGGAGGACUGGGGGUUAAUGACGUUUUAAUAAUGGCACAAAUAUCAAAUUGACAUAAUAUAUAAGUGGAAUGUGCUGAGGACAGUGGGACAGUUGUUGUUUGAUCACAGUGAGCCUCUUAUUUUUUUGCUGUUUUCAUUCCAAAGCAUCAAAUAUUAAUACGAAUGUGCUUUUACAAAUAUAUAUCCUCUCUGUUAAGUGGUAUGUGUUUAUCAUUUGUCUGUUCAUUUCAGUCUGUCAUUUCUUUUUUUCAAACUUUGUUUUUGACUUCUUUUCUCCUCUGAAGGCAGAACUGAAGUUGUAGCUUCUGUUUUACAGUUUUGUUAAAAUUCCAGUACAAGGGGCCAUCGAACCUAAAUAAGAAAAUGAAAUAAAAAAAAAUUAAAUAAAUUAAAAUCCAGUUGAAACUUUCUUAUAUAGUAUAAAGAGGGGGAAUUGCAAAAACCACACAUCAACAGUGUACCAAAAUUACAUCAUACUAAUAUGAAUGUAGUCUUCAAUGCAACAGAUAAUUAAAGAUACUUUUGAUCUGAGGCAAAAGUU